GGAACUUUGGGUGCAGACGUGUCAAAAUCAGAGUCAUCCAAUGAAAACCCGAUGACGGGUUAUUCCGGUAAUAUCAUUCGCGUUCCAAACAUCUCGCGGAACUCAAAGACGCCACUCGCCGUUUCAGAAAGAGAAUCGAUUUGGUUUUAAAGGAAAACCGAAACAUUUGCAGAGGAGAUUAAAGUCGGAGAAGAAGAAGACGAAGAAGAUGUUGAGAGUUGCGGCUAGGAGGGUUUAUUCUCUAUGCUCAACGCAGCCCUCGUGGAGGCCCAACCAAGCUGCUUCCGCAAUCGUGUCACGGAAUCCAAUAGCCGGCGGUGAUUCUUCCUUAUCGGAAGACUUUAAAUCCAAAGCCCUGAAUGAUUUCUUUGCUUUCCGGCCUCAUUUCCAUCUUCCUAACAGAGGUUUCUCUUCUGAAUCACUUACCCCAAGAAAUGAAGAGGGCAUAAUUUCAGAUAUUCCAGCAACUGUGGCAGCUGUUAAGAACCCCACUUCGAAGAUUGUUUAUGAUGAGUACAACCAUGAGCGUUUCCCUCCAGGUGACCCCAGCAAGAGGGCAUUUGCCUAUUUUGUCCUUACUGGUGGUCGUUUUGUCUAUGCUUCAAUAAUUCGUCUCCUUAUCCUCAAGUUUGUGCUGAGCAUGUCUGCUACUAAGGAUGUUCUUGCACUUGCCUCUCUUGAAGUUGAUCUCUCAAGCAUCGAGCCAGGCACCACUGUGACUGUUAAGUGGCGUGGAAAGCCAGUUUUUAUCAGGCGCCGAACAGAAGAAGAUUUGAAGGUGGCCAAUAGUGUUGACUUAGCAUCUCUUCGUGAUCCGCAGGCUGAUGCUGACAGGGUCAAGAACCCAGAAUGGCUAAUUGUCAUAGGGGUCUGCACACAUUUGGGUUGCAUUCCCUUGCCAAAUGCUGGUGAUUAUGGUGGCUGGUUUUGCCCUUGCCAUGGGUCACAUUAUGAUAUCUCUGGUAGGAUUCGCAAGGGACCAGCACCUUACAAUCUGGAGGUGCCUACUUACACCUUUUUGGAUGAGAACAAGUUGAUGAUAGGCUGAGGUUGAUACUUUACCCAGCUGUGGUUCAUUGGGAUAACUUUUUUUUCUUUCUAUAUUCAAUGAGAUAAUGCCGAAGAGCUGUUGCGUACUUGCAUAUCAUCCUACUCACUCCCAGGUUACUUGGGAAGUGGUCAAUUGUUUAGGGAUGCUAUUCAACUUGGUUAUUGUAACUGUUGCUGAUUGGAGGUGCUCUUCAUUUUGAAUAAGUUGCCUUUGUCAAGCAUGAAUGCACUAUGAACCCUGAUGGUUUCAGGAUAAUGCUGUUAAAUUAUUUUUAAUCUGACAUUUUGUAGUGUUCGAACCAGAAAUUCUAGUUGCUUUUUUCCCCCUUGCCUA